AUGCAACCGACCACCACGUCCACAUUAUCUUCACGUCGCUCGUCGCAAGUCAUUGCUCCUUCAGUCGCUGCAUCUCUACCGAGCACUCAUACAGCUGCAAUCCCAACCGUCAGCGACCAGACAAACAACAUGUCUACGUCGGGUCCACUUCGUCAUCCCAAACCGCUCACUCCUUCCGAUAUCCAUUCAAUGCUCGAGCAAGAGCAGGAGGCAAUGGUGAAUCGCUUGUCGCGAGAGCUUUCCCUCCUUCGUCAACAAACGAACUCGGUCGCAUCGACAGCCUCCUCGACAUCCACCACCCUUAACGACUCGGUAGAUGGGCUCCAUGCAUCGCCAUACAUUAUCAGCACUGCGCACCCCACAUCAUCGCGAAGACACCGCUCAUCCUCCAGCUUGAGCUCCUCCUACAUCCCAGCGGUGCAAGGCUCGAGAGCGGGAAGUGUUUCCGGCAUUGCUCCUGCGCGAGAGGCAUACCUUCCUGCGACACGUCCUGAUCCCUCGCGACCGGGGCGAAGCAGGGAAUCAUCGCUCACCUCUCAUCGGCAAUCGGAAGGGGCGUUGCCAUCAACGCCAGGAUCUCAUCAUCAGACACAGCCGACUGACCACCCAGCCCAUCAUGCGGGCAGCUAUCCGCACCGCAGCUCGCUGUCCCAGCAGAAGACGCCCAGUAUUAGUUCUACAAGCCGCCAUGAAGAGGUCUUGCAGCAGCGCGGAGAAGUCGAUUCGCUCAAACGCGAGAACGAGAUGCUACGCCGACGUGUCCGAGACCUUGAGUCUGUCAUCUCAAAGAUUCAAUUACAGGAGUCGAAUUCUUCUCAUUUGAGAGACGACAACUCCCCAUCUACACCUACCCCAGACUCAAAAGAGCCAUCCGGUACGGAGAAUAAGGAAUGA